AUGUUUUCAAAAAUAGCUACUCGACUUCGGUCAAAAAGUAGUUCACAGCCUAAAAAGAAUGCGUUUCCAGAGGCUUCAACCGAAAGACGUACAAUAUAUGUGAACAUGAACAUUCCAACAGAUGAUCUCGACGAUUACGGACAACCCACUCGAUACUAUAUUUCAAAUCAAAUUAAUACAGCAAAAUACACCUGGUACACUUUCCUACCAAAAAAUUUGUUUGAACAGUUUAGAGGGAUCGCCAAUCUGUACUUUUUAUUCCUAGUCAUAUUACAAAUGUUUCCAUUAUUCAGUGCAGCUUCUUCACCAGUGCUUGUCGUUUUACCUCUAGCGGCUAUCCUAAUUUUAACAGGUGCCAAAGAUGCAUUUGAAGACAAUAAAAGACAACAAACCGAUCAAAGUGUAAAUAAGGCUGUAACUUUUACUUUAAAUGCAACAAGCUGGAAGAAUGUGAAUAUACCCGUGUACAAAGUAGCCAGAUGGAAAAGGUGGCUCAAUUCUAGAGAAGCUACUAGUAGAAUGCCUUAUCGACCUGGUCAAGUACCUCAUUCCGUCUUAAGAUCGUCAAUGCAACAACAACUAAAGCGCAUAGAACUAAACGAGAAAAAUAAUUAUCAAGGCAGAAAAUCAACCUCAGCCCGUCAGCCUCUUGACCAAAGAUGGUCAAAGACUUAUUGGCAAAACCUUAAAGUAGGCGAUUUCGUUAUUCUAAGAAACGAUGACGCUGUGCCUGCAGAUAUCGUCGUAUUAUCCUCCUCCGAGCCCGACGGUCUUUGCUAUGUGGAAACUCAAAACUUGGAUGGUGAAACCAACUUAAAAAUCAAGAGAUCCUUACAGGCAACCAAUGAAAUUAAGACUCCAGAAGAUUGUGAAUUGGCCAAAUUUUAUAUCGAAAGUGAGCCUCCACAUGCCAAUCUUUAUUCUUAUAAUGGUGUCUUAAAAUGGAAAGUGGAGAACAAUGAUUUGGUUCGUACCGAAACAACGAGACGUAGACAAGAUUCGUCCCUUCAAAUGGAUAGUGCUGAACUUGAAACAAUUGAUGAAACAAUAGACAGCGAUGAUGAUGAAGAGGAUGGCCGAGAAAGAGUAUCGCAUGAAAAAACAGAAGCUGUAACAGGAAAUUCCGUUUUACUUCGUGGCUGUGUUUUGCGUAAUACUGGCUGGGUUAUUGGUCUCGUCUUAUUCACAGGUAACGAGACAAAGAUCAUGUUAAACUCGGGAAAAACGCCAAGUAAAAGAAGUAAAAUGGAAAAAGCAACCAACCCAUAUGUUAUCGUUAAUUUUGGCUUAUUGCUGAUUUUAUGUUUGAUUUGCUCUAUCGCCGCAAGCAUUGUCUAUGAUAUUGAAUCCUCUGCAAACUUUUUUGAGAGUAAAGAAGCUGAAAGUGGUACAAUGGAAGGCUUUAUUAUGUUUUGGACUACAUUGGUUAUCUAUCAAAAUAUUAUCCCUAUUUCAUUGUAUAUCUCUGUUCAAAUUGUCAAAACCGCAGCCGCCUAUUUCAUUCAUACAGAUAUUGACAUGUACAAUACAAGAUUAGACCAACCUUGUACGCCAAAAACGUGGAACAUUUCCGACGAUUUAGGCCAAAUUGAGUAUAUUUUUUCGGACAAGACGGGUACUUUAACGCAAAACAUUAUGGAAUUUCGAAAAUGUACCAUCAACGGUGUCUCGUAUGGUUUGGGUGAUACAGAAGCGGCUAUAGGUGCCAAAUUACGCGAGGAUGAUAAUACCGCCGAUAACCCAGCCUUUCAAGAUUCCGCCAAGAUUUCCAAUCAAUUAGACUUGGAAAAGGCUCGUGCUGAGAUGCUGAAAAAGCAAUCAGAAUUGUUCAACCAUAAAUAUAUCAACCCACAUUCUACUUUUGUAGACCCAAAGUUGUACGAUGAUAUUGCAGCCCAAGAUGAGCAUUCUCAAAGUUUGGUCCAUUUCUUUUCAGCCCUUGCUUUAUGUCACACGGUCAUUCCUGAAGUGCCCAAUCCUGAUUUUCCAAACCAAAUUGAAUAUAAGGCCCAAUCACCCGAUGAAGCUGCGCUGGUAGCAACUGCACGAGAUAUGGGUUUUACUUUUGUAGCCAGAGAACAAGAUAAUGUGGUGGUCGAUAUUAUGGGCGAAACAAGAACGAUGAAUUUAUUGCACGUGCUUGAAUUUAAUUCAACACGAAAACGUAUGAGUAUCAUUAUGCGUUCUCCCAGUGAUAACAAAAUCAUCUUAUUGUGUAAAGGUGCUGACUCAGUGAUAUACGAAAGACUCUCCAAGGACUUAAACCCCGACAACGAAGCUGACCAGAAUCAAAAACAAAUCAGAGAAGAGACCUUACAACAUUUGAGUGUCUUUGCUAACGAAGGUCUUCGUACACUUUGUAUUGCCAGUCGGUUUAUCGAAGAAGAUGUCUAUCAAAAAUGGGCUUUACGUUAUAAAAAUGCUUCAAACAGUAUCAGUAAUCGCGACGAACAAAUUGAAAGCGUAUGCGAGGAAAUUGAAAACUCAUUAACCUUGAUUGGUGGUACAGCUAUCGAGGACAAGUUACAAGAAGGUGUUCCGGAUACCAUUGCCGUUCUCGCUGAAGCUGGUAUCAAAAUUUGGGUACUCACGGGAGAUAAAGUUGAAACAGCUAUCAAUAUUGGAUUUGCUUGCAACUUAUUGACAAAGGACAUGUUGUUAAUUAGCAUCAAUUCGAGAACUGAGGAGGAAACAAUGGAGCAGAUACGCAAGGCAACCGAGGAAGUCGAAGAGAAAUCAAAGACACAAAAAUGUGCUUUGGUCAUUGAUGGUGAAUCACUAAAGUUCGGUUUAGAGCCCCAGUGCAGACAGGAGUUAUUGGAUUUGGGUACUCAAUGUCGUGCGGUUGUUUGUUGUCGUGUCAGUCCUAUGCAAAAAGCCAAGGUUGUGAAUUUGGUAAAGAAAGGGUUGAAGGUGAUGACCUUGGCUAUCGGUGAUGGCGCAAAUGAUGUGUCUAUGAUUCAAGAGGCAAAUGUCGGUGUUGGUAUCUCGGGUGAAGAAGGUAGACAGGCUGUGAUGGCAUCAGAUUAUGCUAUUGCUCAGUUUAGUUAUCUCAGUAAAUUGCUUUUGGUGCAUGGUCGUUGGUCUUACUUGCGUACAUCUGAAAUGAUUUUCACCUUUUUUUAUAAAAACAUUAUGUGGACUCUGGUACUGUUCUGGUAUCAGCUGAUGUGUAGCUUUACUGGCACAAUGAUGUUCGAUUAUUCUUAUAUCACUUUGUAUAAUUUGGUAUUCACUUCUUUACCCUGUAUCAUUGCCGGUGUUUUUGAUCAAGAUCUUAAGGCUGAGUAUUCAUUCAAGUUCCCUCAAUUGUAUCUUAUGGGUAUUCGUAAUGAUAAAUUUACAACAUGGAGAUUUUGUUUAACGGUUGUUGAUGCUAUUUAUCAGUCUGCGGUUUGUUUUGGAUUACCAUACAUGGUUUUUAUUGGACCAAAGUUAAGCAGUGCUGGUUACGAGACUGAAGGCGUUACAGAGUUUGGUACAUUCAUUGCUGGUAUUGCUGUUGUCGUUGCGAAUACACUUGUAGGUCUUACAAUUUUCAGCUGGACCUGGAUCAUGUUUUUAUGUAUUGUUAUUUCCAGUGCAACAUUCUUUAUUUGGACAGGCAUCUACUCUCACAUUAUGUCUUUCACAUUUUAUGGCGAAGUAAUUUUGUUUGGUGAAGGAACAUUCUGGCUUUGUCUCAUCCUAACCUUUAUCGUUUGCUUGCUUCCACGCUUUGCCACUGUUUACUAUUUGCAAGUUUAUAGUCCUUACGACAACGAUAUUAUUCGCGAAAUUGUUCUUUGUGAUAAAAACUCACCUUUAGCCAACAUGAACAAGUUCUUACGCAGAGAUACUCAAAAGGAAGGCUUUUUUGACGAAGAAGAGGAAGCUUUAAAUAUCAACUUGACAAGAACUCGAUCCACUGAUCAAAGAGAUCACCCACUUAACUUGCUGGAUAGUGACAGUGAUAUUGCAUUGACAGAGAGUAAAAAAUCCAAGAAGUUUGGAAGUGGUAAAUUUGGAUUGUAUCGUAGCGCCACCACGGAUUCUACUAAGAGUGAAAUCAUGAACAUGAAGACGGGUAAAAGAACCUCAUUUACCGGUUUUGCUUACUCCUCCGAUGACAACCACGUAUUUGACGACUUUAGAAAAUCAGUUUACAGAACCAAUAGCAAUCACGCUUCCCAACCUAAUAUAUCAUCGCGUCUAUCAAUGCUUAGUUUGCCUCCCACCGACGAAAAUGCAAAAGAAAACGGUAAAGAUUGGAUGCCAAUUGAUGGGUUUAGACUUCGUCAAUACGACACAGCGCCCUCUGUUUUAUCAUCCUCCUCAAAUAAAAAGGGAUCCAGCUUUGGAAAAAAGAUGAUGAAAGCCAUGAAAAAUCGCAUUGUUCAGCCAAAUUAUAAGAAGAGUAAUCAACCACAGUCAAGAUUAGACACCAUCGUACAAACACGAGAUUCGUCUAUGGAUUCAUCCACACAAGGAAGUGUAUUCGAUAAUAAUACAAUGUUAUUACCUUUAACACCCAACGCUCAGGAAUCAUUUGUUGCCCCCGCCAUUCCAUCUCAUCUUACAGAAACGCCGUAUCAGCAGACUCCCAUUGCAAAUAUUCAACCGUUGCAACCCUUUUUGCUUCAUCAACACAAUCAAAGUAGUCACCAUGAUCCCCAGCAGCAACAGCAGCAGCAACCACGUCGCGGUGAUAAUCAUUCGCCUCCAAAUCUCUCCCCAUCUUCUUCUUCCCCGACUCACUACUAAAAAAGAGAAACAUACGUGUUUUCUCUAUACAUAUAUAUAUAUGCACAUACACAUAAAAUAGACCCCUCAUUUUUUUCCCCCUUACACCGGGUUUUCUUACCCUAUUUAUAAAAAGUUGGCUGUAAUUUUCCAUAUUUUAUUGGAGCACCAAAAUUGAAA